CGAUCUUUUUGCUGAAAACGUCGCGUUCUUUCUUCCCCGCUGAGCGGCUUUUGGCUCUGUGCUCCGAUGCUUGUUAUCUGGCUGCUGCCGAGGAGCUUUUCCAGCGCAGGUCCUGGCUGAACUGUCGUCUGUGGUCGGAAUCUUGAAGCUAACAGCUAAAGCUAACUGAGUGUAAACAACAAGGAUGAAGCGGGUGAAAGGAGGUGAGGACAUGAACACCUCCCCCGAUGAGUCACCACCCGAGGUUUGCAAGAAAGUGCGGAUGCAGAUGAGAGAGGAGCCUGAGGAGGCCUGUGACUCUGAUUGGUCCCGGCUGCCCCAGGAACUCCUGCUGCACAUAUUCCAGUACCUUCCGCUGCUGGACCGGGCCUACGCCUCUCAGGUGUGCCGUGGAUGGAACGAGGCAUUUCACAUGCCGGACCUGUGGAGAUGUUUUGAGUUUGAACUUAACCAGCCGGCUAGCUCUUACCUGAAAGCCACACACCCAGACCUCAUCAAGCAGAUCAUAAAGAGGCACUCCAACCACUUGCAGUACGUCAGCUUCAAGGUGGACAGUAGUACAGAGUCUGCAGAGGCAGCGUGUGACAUUCUCUCACAAUUGGUGAACUGCUCCCUGAAGACCUUGGGGCUCAUCUCCACAGCCAGACCCAGUUUCAUGGAAGUUCCAAAGUCUCAUUUCAUCUCGGCUUUGACUGUGGUGUUUGUCAACUCCAAGUCGUUGUCUUCGCUGAAGAUUGACGACACACCGGUGGAUGACCCAUCGCUGAAGGUGCUGGUGGCCAACAACAGUGACACUCUGAAACUGCUCAAAAUGAGCAGCUGCCCUCAUGUCUCCCCAGCAGGAAUCCUGUGUGUGGCAGACCAGUGUCACGGGCUGAGAGAGCUGGCAUUGAAUUACCACCUUCUGAGUGACGAGCUCUUGCUGGCCCUAUCUUCAGAGAAACACGUUCACCUGGAACACUUGCGGAUUGAUGUGGUGAGCGAGAACCCCGGCCAGCACUUCCACGCCAUCAAGAAGAGCAGCUGGGACGCGAUGGUACGACACUCACCCAAGGUCAACCUGGUCAUGUACUUCUACCUCUACGAGGAUGAGUUUGCACCUUUCUUUAAUGAGGAGAUCCCCGUCACGCACCUCUACUUCGGCCGCUCGGUCAGCAAAGAGGUCCUGGGCCGCGUGGGCCUUCAUUGCCCCCGCCUGGUGGAGUUGGUUGUGUGCGCCAACGGGCUUCGCCCUCUAGAUGAGGAGCUGAUUCGCAUAGCCAAACACUGCACGCAGUUGUCGGCCAUUGGUCUGGGCGAGUGUGAGGUUUCCUGCAGCGCCUUUGUGGAGUUUGUCAAGAUGUGUGGCCGCCGGCUCUCCCAGCUGUCCAUCAUGGAGGAGGUGCUGAUUCCAGAUCACAAAUACUCCCUGGAUGAGAUCCACUGGGAGGUGUCCAAGCACCUGGGCCGGGUCUGGUUCCCAGACAUGAUGCCCACCUGGUAAAUGAAGUCAGCAACAUCUUGUUCGUGGUGUUGAGCAUUCAUGGCCUCCAUGUUUGCAUUGCGCUCACUUCUAGUAGAAUGUUAGGUGCCAACAUGGAGAACAUUAGUCUGCUGGACGUCUCCAUGGAGAUCAAUCAGUACGGAUCUGGAGCACUUUUUGGAGUCGGUGGUCACGGAGGUAACACUACACAAUGUAAUCAUGCGUUGCAACACCAUAAAGAAAACAGACUCUACUCGACCGACUAGCCAGGCUAGCUGCUUUGCAUAUUGGACAAUCAUAACGUCAGCUGUUGCAGAUAACAAAAUGUAAUCUCAAAAAGCUUUUUUUUUUUUUUUUUGCAAAUUGAAAUAUGCGACGCAUCACAGUAUUCUGAUUGUGCGUGUUUUAUGUGAGACCAUGUGCGUCUGUAUCUUAUUUUGUUGAGGAGUAAUGUGGGACACUUACGUGCACAGUUUUAGUUUGCUACACUACCAGACUGCCUGUUUGAUUCUAGCGACAGCAGCUCUGCAGUCACAGCUUGGCGUGUGUGAGUUUCCACAAGGCCGUCAUUUUGUUUGUAUGUAGUUUGAGAAAGUCUUUUACGGACAGAUGAAGAGGAUGAAGCACCUUUUUCAGAGUAAUACGAGCAUUGUAGCAGUGGCUGAUAUCUGGCUUUUAUCACACACGGGACUGAAUGAUUAACAAUUAUUAGGGAGCUAGCUGUCAACUUAUCCGUAGCAGAUAUGUUUGAGUCGCCGCCAGUAUCUGAUCCAAACAAAGCUCAGAAGCUGUGUCCACUGUACAGCUCAUCUUGUCAGUCUUCAAAAGUGAUAUUCACUCGUUUGGGGCUUAAACUUCAAAAACAUUUACACUGUGACACGUGACUUUUUAACAUUUUUUGUUUUGCUUUUAUUCAGAAACAAAUUUUUGAAUAUUGUAAUUACAUUUAAAAAUAAAUGGUUACAUGUAUAUUAGGGGUGGGCAGUAUGAUCUAAAGCAGUGAUUC